AUGGGGCUAAUCAUUUCCAAAUUCAGGAAACAAAAGACCACAAUUGAAAUUUUGGAAGAAAUCGAAAAAAGCAUUGCAAUUCACCAACGGUUCAGACGGCAAAACCAGGAGUACCAAAAGAACUUUAUUGGAAGCUUGAUUUUGUAUUCAGUUAUCAUCUAUGUUGUUGCUGCGGUUUUAUUCUUCAUUUUCUACUUUCCUCAAUCCUGGAAAGAUUGGCUUUUCGCUUCAAUUCCAUUACUUUUAUUUCCAAUCCUAAUUUGGUUAGUGAAAAAAGUAGUGCACUGGUAUUUGGUGAAAAGAAUUUCAAGUAAUGAGGUUGCUCUUCAGGAACUGCAAGAUAAGAAGAAAGACAUUCUUGAAGAUGUUAUGGAAAAUGAAACUUACAAAAAAGCUAAGGAAAUCCUGAAAAGAUUUGAUCCAUCUCAGUUCAAGAAAUUAGAAGUCGAGAAACCCGCUGAAGGCAAAUCUGGUACAGAGACAGACCAAGUAUCACCAGAUAAGAGUGCUAAGCAAGAGAAAAAAGUUGUACGUCAACGAAUCGUCACCACGAGAACGAUGUCACCGGUGAUGCGAAUGCCGAACCCAGUGCAGCCCAUGUCAGCCCCACAUCCUCACCAAAGAAGUAAUCCCUCUGUUGGAUCUAUGCAAAUGAUUUCUCAAAUGAACGGUCGACAGAUGUCCAUGGUACCACCAGGUUAUGGCCUUUCCCCUGGUCCACCAAUGCCAAGACCAGUCCCUCCACGUGAAAGGAAGACUUUAGACAAAUUUGUUGAUUAUUUGGUUGGUGAAGGACCUCAAAACAGAUAUGCAUUAAUUUGCAGGUAUUGUCAUUCACACAAUGGCAUGGCAAUGAAAGAAGAAUUUGAAUAUAUUAGUUUCCGGUGUUGCUAUUGUUACCAUUUAAAUCCUGCUAAGAAACAACGCCCUCAUGCACCUCGAUUGGAUUUCCCCACCCCACAGUCAUCACCGGCCAGAAGGGCAAUUACUGCUCCAGACUCAAAAUCAAAUGGAGAUAAAGAAAGUUCAGGAGAAGAAGAUAAUCUUUCUGCAAACAGUGAGAAAAGUGAUGAUGAAAGUAAAGAUGAAAGUAAAGAUGAAACGAUAGAAACUGAAACGAAAGUGGAAGGUGGAAUGGAAGAAGAGGUUUCAGAAUCUGUUGAAAAUGCUGACAAUGUACCAAUGGCAGAUGAGAUUGGUAAGGAAGAAAAUGCCGAUGAAGGUGUUGAAAAGCAAGUUGAAGAUGAAAUGCAAUCGGAAAUUAAACAAGAUGAAUCCGCACUUACUCAAGAUAUUACUGAAGGUCUCGAAGCAGAUAACCAGCUUGAAGCAGAAACAACAAUUGGAUUGCAAGAACACCAUAAGGAUGAUUAA